AUGGGUAAGGAAUAUGUGUCACCAGGUCGCAUCCUCUACGACGUACCCUGCGCCGUCUGCCGCGACCACUCCUCGGGCAAGCACUACGGCGUAUUCGCAUGCGAUGGCUGCGCGGGAUUCUUCAAGCGGUCCGUGCGCCGCGACCGCCGCUACGCGUGCAAAGCGCGCAGCCCGGGCGCCUGUCUGGUGGACAAGGCGCAUAGGAACCAGUGCCGGGCGUGCAGGCUCUCCAAGUGUCUCGAUGCGGGGAUGAAUAAAGAUGCAGUCCAGCAUGAGCGUGGUCCCCGCAACUCCACCAUCCGCCGGCAAAUGGCGCUCUUUCUAAAAGACCCUGCCAUGCCCUCACCAGACAUCGCGUUAACACCACCGGCCCUAGACUUAGCACUACCGAAACACACCAUGAUACCGCCUGCACCUAUGACUCUCUUCCACCCUUACGCGUACAACAGACUCAUGAUGCCUAUAAGCCACUGCUCUCCUAAAGCUCCGUCCCCACCGCCGAUCACUCCAUCGCUUCUAACCCCAUCAGACCCUGAAACCAUAUGUGAAGCUGCCGCGAGACUAUUAUUCAUGAACGUAAAAUGGGCAAAGAACGUCCCAGCGUUCACGUCCCUAUCCUUACCCGACAGACUGCUUCUAUUAGAGGAAUCAUGGCGGGAUCUGUUCAUCAUAGGGGCGGCUCAGUUUCUAUACCCUUUAGAUUUGAAAGUAUUAAUGAAUUUCAAGAAUACUGCGGUAGAAAAAGAAAUAGAGGAAUUCGAGAAAGUGCUAGCUGAAGUGGCAAAGCUGCGACCGGAUAGCAAUGAGUUUGCGUGUCUUAGGGCCGUGGCUUUAUUUAGGACGGUGGGCGAGAAGCAUGGCCAGGGUUUUAGAAGACUACAGGACUUGCCUGCGGUUGCUGCGUUGCAGGAUCAUUCACAAGUCGUUCUCAAUGAGUACACAUUGAGGACAUACCCAUUAGACACAUCCCGAGCCAGCCAGCUGGUUCAACUGCUGCCCAGCAUGAGGCGGGUGCCGAGCGACGCCAUCGUCGAGCUGUUCUUCAGAGCCACCAUUGGGGACAUCCCUAUAGAGAGGAUAAUCAGCGACAUGUAUAGGACGGGAAAGGAUACCGAGUAG